CUAAUCCUCAGCAGUGCCCUAGUUCUGCAGAAAGGAAGGGUGCAGCCUUUGGGCUUGGGCAGCUGUGCAAGCUCCUGGCUUUCCAGGAAGAACGCAUCCUUUUCUCUGGCUGUGAGCACCCAAUGCCUUCACCUUUGCUUGAGAGAGGCUCUGGAGUGUGGAUUUUUCUCUUUCAACACUUCUCUGCCUCGACAAGCUGUGAAACAACCCGUGUCUGAUUUUCUUGCACUGUGCCAUCCAUUCAGUCCUGCUCAGCCCCACAUCUCACCUGCGUGGGAUCCACCAGCACCCUGCCACUGCUCCCUCCCAGUCCCUGCUGAGCAGCAGAAAGCCACUUGCAGUGCUUACACAACUUGUUUUGUCUGGCACCGUGCAUCAUGAGCUGUGCAGGGCCUCGUGUCUCCCUUUCAGUGUGGCCCUGCCAUUGCAUCUCAUUGCUCCUGCAGUCUGGGUGUCUUUGUGCGUAACCCCAGCAUGGCUGCAGCUCAGAGAUGCCCUACAUAAAUCCCAAGCACUUGUGUUCCUCAGCUGGCCAUAAUUCCCUGUUGAAGUCAGGACAUCGUCAGCAGUGGUAAUAAAAGAAAUUCGAGCUUGGACAAGUUUUCCCUGGCACCUUCUUUAGGCAAAUACUAUUAAACUAUUGAACCAUUCAGUGGCUGCUGGAUGGGGUUGAGCGGGAGAUUUGCCAAAGGAUGUUUUGUGGAUGAAACCUUUCUCGUCUAGAAGAAAAGAUGUAACAAAUGGUGAGGAUUUAGGAGUCUGUGCCCAUGCUGCUGUGCCCUCCUGGCUCUCCUGUGGCUUUUCUCAGCUUCCUCAGGUCCAGCUGCCAGCCAGCGCCAGCAGCCCUGCUCUUCCCCCAAAUGACCUUUUAAUUACAUAAUGACUUGCAAACAUUCAGCACCAACAACAUACCGAAAUAAUUGAAACAAUGUUUUUCCAGCCUGGAAAACAUGAGUCUGUAUCUCUAGCCCCUUAUUCAGCUCCAGCUGAAGGCACACAAGGUUCCGCAUCUUGGGUGAUGCUGGGAGAGCCCCAAAUGUUGAUGGUCUCAGCUCUCACUGCUGACCUCACUCCUGUCUUUCUGCUUCCUCCUUGCAGAUCGAGCGACAGCAUGGCUGCGACUGCUGCCGUCAGCCCCAGCGAAUACCUGCAGCCAGCUGCCUCCACUGCCCAGGACUCCCAGCCGUCUCCGCUCGCCCUCCUCGCAGCAACAUGUAGCAAAAUUGGUCCCCCAGCAGUGGAAGCCGCCGUGACUCCUCCUGCCCCUCCUCAGCCAACGCCUCGCAAACUUGUCCCCAUCAAACCUGCUCCUCUCCCUCUGGGCUCUGGUAAGAACAGCUUCGGGAUCCUGUCGUCGAAAGGGAAUCUCUUCCAGAUCCAGGGCUCCCAGGUUGGCACCUCCUACCCCGGGGGGCAGCUGGUUUUUGCCAUUCAGAACCCAACUGUCAUCAGCAAAGGGACUCGCUCGUCUGCAAACAUCCAGUACCAGACGGUGCCCCAGAUCCAGGCUGCAGGGGGACAGACCAUCCAAGUCCAGCCCAACCUCACCAACCAGAUCCAAAUUAUUCCAGGCACAAAUCAGGCCAUUCUCACCCCAUCCUCAUCCUCUCACAAGCCCGUGCCCAUCAAGCCAGCACCGGCACAGAAGAGUGGAGCUUCACCGGUGCAGGGCUCAAGCAACGUGGUCAAGUUAACCGGUGGCAGCAACGUGACUCUCACCCUGCCUGUGAACAACCUGGUGAACGCUGCAGAGUCAAGCACGCAGGCUCAGGUCAUUGCAGAGAGCCCCUCAAAGCCUGGCAAAAAGACUCGAAAGAAAGCCAUGUCACCCAGCCAGCCCUCCACCGUGGCUGUGGCUGAGCAGGUGGAGACGGUGUUGAUAGAGACGACGGCGGAGAACAUCAUCCAGGCAGGGAACAACCUGCUGAUCGUGCAGAGCCCAGGCUCUGGCCAGCCUGCCGUGGUGCAGCAGGUGCAGGUGGUGCAGCCCAAGCAGGAGUCACAGGUGGUGCAGAUCCCACAGCAGGCCCUGCGUGUGGUCCAGGCUGCCUCAGCCACGCUCCCCACCGUCCCCCAGAAGUCCUCCCAGAACAUCCAGAUCCAGACGACAGAGUCCACUCCUACGCAGGUCUAUUUCAAAACACCAUCGGGUGAACUGCAAACAGUGCUGCUCCAGGAAGCCCCGGCCGUGACGGUGGCUCCAUCCAGCACCUCCUGCAGCAGCCCCGUGUCCCGCAACUCUGGCACAGCAUCCAGCAGCAAGAAACCAACCGCACGCAAGGAGCGUCCGCUGCCAAAGAUCGCGCCUGCCGGAGGAGUCAUCAGCUUGAGUGCAGCCCAGCUGGCAGCUGCAGCACAGGCCAUGCAGACCAUCAACAUCAACGGAGUGCAGGUCCAGGGUGUGCCUGUCACCAUCACCAAUGCUGGAGGCCAGCAGCAGCUGACUGUGCAGAACGUCUCUGGCAACAAUCUGACCAUCAGUGGCCUGAGCCCAACCCAGAUCCAGCUCCAGAUGGAGCAAGCGCUGGCCGGGGAGAUGCAGCCGGGAGAAAAGCGACGGCGGAUGGCGUGCACCUGCCCCAACUGCAAGGAUGGGGAGAAGAGGCCGGGGGACCAAGGGAAGAAGAAGCACAUCUGCCACAUCCCCGAAUGCGGGCGGACCUUCCGCAAGACCUCGCUGCUGCGUGCUCACGUGCGCCUGCACACGGGUGAACGUCCUUUUGUCUGCAACUGGGUGUUCUGUGGGAAGCGCUUCACACGCAGCGAUGAGCUGCAGCGGCACGCGCGCACACACACAGGCGACAAGAGAUUCGAGUGCGCGCAGUGCCAGAAGCGCUUCAUGCGGAGCGACCACCUGACGAAGCACUAUAAAACCCACCUGAUCACCAAGAACUUGUAGGGCUGGGAGCCACGUCUUGAACAAAUCCCCCCCUUGAGGGAUCACGGUGAGGAUCCGCCAGGCGCCGACCUGUCACCCCACCGCCCUCACAGCACUCCAGUCUCCCCGGCCGCCCUUUGAGGGCAGCCGUGUCCCCUCCAGCACAGCCCUCGGGGACGUCCUCUGCCACCGUGUGGGCCUCACGCAGAAGCAGCCCUCGCAGAGGGGCCGAUCCCCUCGUGGAGCCGUGGGGCAAAGCACCCGGCAUGGCCCCGGCACAGCGGGCGUGCAGGGCUUGGCACACCAGGGGCUGCACCCUCCGAUGCGGGAGGGCCGAGAACGCCUCCACAGCACAUUCCUACUUUAUAUUUAAAAUCUAUAAAUAGUUAUAAAUAUCUAUAUAAACCCCUUUGGAAGGUCCCUUUUUUUCUAUGGAGAUCGUUGCCUUACGCUCCCCGUUCCCAAAUUACCAACACUGUGUAUGGUGAGUGCUUUUUUUCCCAUCUUUAUUUAAUUACUCCCUCCUCAGACCUGUCCUCCUCCUCUCCCAUUUCUUUUCCCCCUUUCUGCCCCUUUUUUCCCUCUUUCUGCCCCUUUUUUCCCCAUUUCUCUCCUUUUUCCCCCCUCUCCUGCGUUUCUUUUCCAGCAAUGAAGGUUUCUUUCACUCUGAUUUCUUUCUCACUCCUUUCUGUUUCCAAGUGACGUGGCGUUUCCCUUUCAAUCUUGGGACUUUAAUCUCCUUUAUGUGCUCCCCCCCACCCCGACUGUGUAUAGUGUACAUUGUAUCAUAGAUUAUAUUGCUUUUGUGUUUACUGCGUUUAAAAGAAAAACAAAACAAAACAAAACAUAUGGCUUGUUAUUUUUGAGCUUUUAAAUUAAAACAGAUCCACUUUAUUUUUUAGUUGUAACUGCCCACGGUUGUUUUCUGGAUUGUGACAGAUCUGUUCUAAUUACCUGUAACCGGUUGGCCGAUGUGGAGGCAGCCGGGAGCUUUUCUUGCUCAAUAAAUUUGGUCGCCAGAGGCAAACCCC